AUGCUGCUGUUUGCAGGGCUGGACUCUGCCUUGGGGAUACUGGGCAGGUGGGUGUGGGGCUCUGGCCCUCGCGUGGCCCCUGCAGGAGCACGUGAACACAGACAACAGGAGAAUUCUGCAGAGGAAGAUGCGGUGCUUGCAGAAUCUGGGAACCUCAUGAGAAACCCUUCUGCUGCUGUAGUAGUUGACUCCUGGCCUCAGGUGGACAACAAAAAACUGGAUUUAGAGAGCAAAUACAUUGAAAGCAUUGAUGCCACCAAAUUAAGCCGUUUCAUUGAGAUCAACAGUCUCCACCUGGUGACAGAGUACAACCCUGCGACUGUGAUUGGCCUAUUUAAUAGCAUGAUCCAGAUUCAUCUUCUACUGAUGAUGAACAAGGCCUCUCCAGAGUAUGAAGAAAGCAUGUCCAGAUACCAGAAGGCAGCCAAGCUCUUCCAGGGGAAAAUUCUUUUUGUUCUGGUGGACAGUGGCGUGGAGGCAAAUGGGAAGGUGAUCUCAUUUUUCAAACUAAAAAAGUCUCAACUGCCUGCUUUGGCAAUUUACCGUACUGUGGAUGAAGAGUGGGAUACACUGCCCAUGGCAGAAGUUUCUGUGGAGCAUGUGCAAAACUUUUGUGAUGGAUUCCUAAAAGGGAAACGGCUGAAAGAAAACCAUGAAUCGGAAGAAAAAACUCCAAAGGUUGAACUCUGA